AUGGCUGAGCAGCUCCCUACUGAUGAUCACCACAUCUUUUCCGAGUUUGAAGACCCUGAGCGCAGAAGCCUCAAUGCGCAUAUUGUGCCAAAUGGACUGAACCGAACCAGCCAAGACUACCUUGACUGUAGGGGCUGCUGGGUGUGGCUUGAUGCAUUUUGGGGUACACGCCACGUGCAUCAAUGGAAAGCACAGCUUCUGAGUGAAGGCGCGAUUGAUACUGAGCGAGUGUAUAAUAUGAUUACUGUGGAUACGCAAACACGCGAAUACUGGGAUUUUGCCCUUUGCGCAUUCCGUCCUGUAUCGGUGAAUGCAGAAAAAACAGAGAUACACAUUGCAUUCCACUGGCUACCUUUUGUCGAGGAUGGGCCCUUGAAUAUCCCUAUCAAGCGAUCCCAGCGUGUACCAACCACAGAGCACAUCUUCAGUGACCCCUACUACAAACCUCAAAGCGGUGCUGGGGAUAAUAACCAGCUUUACCAUAACCAAACUGAUAGGCCAAUCACAUCCGGAUAUGUGUUCAAAAUCACAACAGAUGAUCCCAAGGAGCGGCCACUCCCUUCAAUAGAACUGUUGCAAUUGAGGUGGAAUCUGUCUCGUAUCGCUGCGCUGCCGGGAGCUAGUGAGGACGAGGACGGCUAUGAUGGCUCCGAUGCAGGUUCUAUGCAUUGA